GGCGGGCGCGGGGGCGGCGCGGGGCGGUUGUGGCCUGAAUACCCCUCGUGGGGCCGACCGGAAUGUGCACCCUGGGCCGCCUGUCGGGCUCGGUACUUGCCCGUGCGGUCGCCGUCCGUUGCGCGGCAGCGGCGGGAGGCGGAGGGCGCUCAGAAGGAGGCCUCGCGUGGACGCUCGGCGGAGCCCGCGGUUUCAGAAGCGCCGCUGUCGCUAUGGCCCCGAUCAAGGUGGGAGACGCCAUCCCGUCCGUGGUGGUAUUUGAAGGGGAGCCUGGGAACAAGGUGGACUUGGCCGAGCUGUUCAAGGGCAAGAAGGGGGUGCUGUUUGGAGUCCCUGGAGCCUUCACCCCGGGCUGCUCCAAGACUCACCUGCCGGGGUUCGUGGAGCAGGCGGCGGCUCUGAAGGCCAAGGGCGCCCAGGUGGUGGCCUGUCUGAGUGUUAACGACGUCUUUGUGACUGAGGAGUGGGGCCGAGCCCACAGCACACAAGGCAAGAUUCGGCUUCUGGCUGACCCCACGGGGGCCUUUGGGAAGGAGACAGAUUUGUUACUGGAUGACGCACUGGUGCCCCUCUUUGGGAAUCGACGGCUCAAGAGGUUCUCCAUGGUGAUAGAGAACGGGGUAGUGAAGGCCCUCAACGUGGAGCCGGACGGCACAGGCCUCACCUGCAGCCUGGCCCCCAACAUCCUCUCGCAGCUCUGAGGCCCUGGCCGGACGGCCCUCUCCUCCUACACCUGCCCAGCCAGGGCGAGGCCCGUCCAGCUUCAGCUGGCCACCACGCGGGAGCCUUAGCCAGACUUCUGCAAUAAACACCUGGUUCA